GGGAGGCGGGGUGCUGUCCCGCCCCCCGGGUGUGCGCGAGGCGGCGGCGCGUGGCAGCGGCGGCUCCGGGCUCAGAGUCCCGAGCGCAGGCGGCGGCGCCGAGCCCGGCCCGGCCAUGACCGACUUCAAGCUGGGGAUCGUGCGGCUCGGCCGGGUGGCCGGCAAGACAAAGUACACGCUAAUAGAUGAACAAGACAUCCCAUUAGUGGAGAGUUACUCUUUUGAGGCUCGGAUGGAGGUAGAUGCUGAUGGAAAUGGUGCUAAAAUAUUUGCUUAUGCUUUUGACAAAAACAGAGGAAGGGGAUCUGGGCGUCUGCUGCAUGAGCUACUGUGGGAGAGGCACCGGGGAGGGAUUGCCCCAGGAUUUCAAGUGGUGCAUUUGAACGCAGUGACGGUAGACAACCGACUGGACAAUCUGCGUUUAGUCCCGUGGGGGUGGAGACCCAAGGCUGAAGACAUUUCUAGUAAACAAAGGGAACAAAGUCUGUACUGGCUGGCGAUCCAGCAGCUUCCCACUGAUCCAAUAGAAGAGCAGUUUCCUGUGCUGAAUGUAACGCGGUAUUACAACGCUAAUGGGGACGUUGUGGAGGAAGAGGAAAACUCAUGCACAUACUAUGAAUGUCACUACCCCCCAUGCACAAUGAUUGAAAAACAGUUACGUGAAUUCAAUAUAUGUGGCCGAUGCCAGGUAGCAAGGUACUGUGGGUCUCAGUGCCAGCAGAAGGACUGGCCUGCUCACAAGAAGCACUGUCGGGAGAAGAAACGAACCUUCCAGCAAGAGCUCGGACCAGAACGAUGACCGGGUGGCGCAGGCCUCUCAGCAGCAGGAUUCCUUCUCAAAGGCAUUGGACUCUUGCUUUUGCACAGUAAUGACAGACUGCUUAUUGAAGCCAGAGGCACUGAAGAAGACAAACCCUGUGAUGCUUGAGCAGAACAGCUGACUGGACUAAGCCAGCUCUGACUGGUGCUGUGGAAAGGGAUUGGGUCUUCCCUUCCAGUAUUAUAUUCUCAAGCAAAAAGACUACUGUGGAGGCUCCGGGCAGGAAGCUUCUCAUUAUUUAUAUGUUAAUAUGUUUGUAAACUCAUGUACAGUUUUUUGUUAGAAAUUCUCAAUAGGACACAUUUACUGUAAUGUUCAGAUGAGAACACAUUGUUGGCCUACAAGUAAAAAAACUGUCAUGUAGCAAAAGCUUUUCCUCCCAUGUGGCUAAAUGGUAUCUGUGGCUGUGCCAAGGCCAGGAGACUGGCUCAGACAUCAGCAGUUACUCUGGAGAACUCUGCAUGGAAGUUAUAUUUAAAAAAGCAAAACAAACAAAGUAAAGGGUUGGAAUGAACUGUUGUCUGCUCUGCUCUGUAGUUUUCUCCUGUUGUUCCCUUUUAGCCAUUUCUGAAGCUCAGUAACACUUGGUCUUUACAUCUCUUACUAAGCAUUUUCUUUCUAGUACACCAAGCCUUGACACUGGGCAGAAUUCAGGGUAUCAUCAAAGAGACUGGAAGGGCAUGGAGCUAGUUGAUCCCACUUGCACUGGAGAAGGGCUGCUAGAGAUUAUGCUUUGUGUUUGCAGAAAGUUAAAUCUGGUUUCCUGCUGUCAAACCUUUGUAUGCUCAUGAAUGUGUACCUGUAGCCAAAGGAUCUUCUCUCUUGCUUCUCCAGAUAUUUGUAACUGAUCUUGUAGGUCCAGUGAUUGCUUUGGGAUACUCCUUAUUUUAAAGAGAUGCUAUCAAUCUGAAAAUCAUAUCUUUCUGAAUUUUUUUACCUAAUAGUGAAAAUUAACACCAAAAAUGUUGGAAGGAAAAUUUUUUGACCUGCUUUGGAAAAGAGAACUAUUUGGGCCCCUCUUGCUUUUUUAUUAUGUAUAAUAGAUACUGGAAUUUUAUGCUUGCUUUUCCUUAGAAAUACCAGAAACAUCAAAUUUGGAUGCUCUCUAUUGUUUUUGAGGAACUAAAUGGUUGACUCAAA